AUGGACCAGGCUAAGCUGCGCCUGCCACGGCGCGGCUACAGGCAGUCAUCCAAGGCAUGGUCAAAAAUCUUUCGACCUGCUUGCCACCUCGUUGGAACGUUCAUCCACGGCUUUCGGUUGAAUCUGAAUUUGUCUGACGAAGAUCAGAAAAAAAACUCAGAGACUUCCAUUGAGCUUGUCGCCAGGGCGUUGAGUGAAGUUGUGGAGAUGUUUGGCAGCUUGCCGUACCACAUCCACUUGCAACAGGACAACUGUUACAGAGAAGGUAAAAACACUUACAUGUUGAACUUUAUCCUGCUUCUGAAGGUGCUGGGUGUGUGUGGCUAUGCCUCGCUCGGCUUUUGCCGAGUGGGGCAUAGCCACGAAGAUAUAGACCAGUGUUUUGGUCAGAUUUCCAGACUGCUGAUGGGCAAGUCCAUGGACACUCCAGAGGAAGUGCUCGCAAUCCUUGCAGAAGCUACAGGUUCUGGGAACCCAACUGAUACCACAGGCCGCCGCAUUCGCGGUUCUCAGGCCGCGGUUUCCAAAUUGGACGAAGUGUGCUGUUGGAAAAAAUUUGUGCAGCAAACGGGUGUGCGCUUCAAAGGUAUCAGGCGUGUUCACCAUUUUCGGUUUGCUUCGAGGAAAGACUUGGGACCUGUUUUGGACCACAUUCGUGAGCUGGAGGACUUUGGCCGCUCCUUGGUUCCCCAUGAAGAUGACAUAUUUUUGCUUACCAAGCGCUACAUGGGCGACACCGAAGUCCAACGGGCAAUAGCAAUUAUGCCAGCUGCCAGGGCAGCUGAAAUCCGAGCAGGUUUUCAACCACCUUCUGGUGUGGCUGCCCGCCGAGCGAUUGGCGAGCAACUCAAGAGAAACAUUCGCAAGUAUGUGCCUCCCGUGCGCAAAAGUGGAGAACUGUCACAAGCUGGAGCAGAUUAUUUGUUGCAAUGGAGCAGUGGCCAGUUGAAACCAAUCCGGAGACCACUGCAUUAUCCUGUUUUUGAUUACCGCCAUUCUGCAGAGUUGCGUGCUGCCCGUCAUAUCAAAGAGUUCGUGGUGGAGUUCUUAUACCAGGACAAGUUCGCAAACGUUCGGGAAAGGCUUCGGGAGACAGUGCUGAGCGCAGGCACUCUGAAGGCAGAAGUGAUCUUCAUGGCGGAGAAGAACAAGCGAAAGGCUGAGUACCUCAAGUCCAGGUUCCCCAAAGUUAAGGCUAUCUUUGACGAUUGCUCGCAACUCUGCAAGCCGCAUGCUUGUACUGUUGAUGGUGGCAGUUCGCGAGUUCCGGAGGUGGACAUCCUGGUGGCCGGAUUCCCGUGUGUGAGCAUUUCGUUGCUCACCACUACACCGGGCAGCAUCGUGGACCAAACAUGUCAGUCCGGUCGAGGAUACAUUGCAGUGGAGAAUUACAUCAAGAAGUUUUCCAUCAUCAAAAAGCGGUUGGCCAAGCUUGGAUAUGUAGUGCAUGGCGAUGAGUAUAAUGCUGCAGAUUACGGGCUACCCCAACAGCGUCGUCGUGCUUGGAUCAUCGUUAUCAAACAGACUCAGCUUCGCACCAAUGAAGCACAACUUGCUGACGACAUGGAUUUGUUUCGGUGCGCAUGUCCCCCGCUCUCCACGUGUGUCUUUUCUCAUCAAUCAGAUGCAGCAGCGGGUGGCAAAAGGGGACACCUACUUGCCCGACCGAACUCCAAAGGUGAACAGGCUAAGUGUCAUGCACUUUGUCAGGCAAACCUGGAUCGAUUGGUGGCGCAGUUGAAGCCCUUAGCGCGGUCCUGCAGCUUGCGGGAACUAGCAAUUCUGGCCACUGCCAUCUAUGAGCUUCGCGAGAAGAAACAGGUGGGUGAGAUCUUGGGCGUGCGGUUGGAUGAGGAAGCUAUGAAUGAUGAUUCGGAAUGGCACCAAGCUCAGUUCCUCUUCGACGAUGGUGGUAUGAGAGGAUUAGCAGCGGCCUUGGUGUGGUGUGGCAUUGUGUACUUCCUUCCAGAGCAACCUGAAGGCUGUUCUGAAUCCAUCGCUGCUCUGGCCAAAUCACUUCUUGAAGUACCCGCUUUCUUCAAACACCAGCCAGGGGACCCGGGCCGUGCGAUGAUUGGUCGAAUCAUUCGCCAGAAUGUCGAAUCAAAAAAGCUUCCAGUGUCGAGCUACGAAUGGAGUCAGAUCCUGUCCUCUCUGAAAAGCAAUUCCUCUGUUGAGAUGACUGUCCAAGAUGCCAUCGAAUGCUACAAUGAACACCCUGAGACAGACCGGAGCGGUAGUGGAGCGCUGAUCAUUGACUCCAAGAAACAAUAUGGAAUCACUCAUUGGUUUCAAAUGACCUGCAAAGCAGCACAUGAAGAGGUCCAGCGGGCAUUGAAAGAUGCGCCUUUUCAGUACGGCCCCUAUGGAGAGGCCUUGAGCAUCAUGCACUUCCUCUUUUUGACCUCCACUGCAGAUCUUCCGGGUGUACCCGACUCACCCAUGGCACCCGUCAGUGGGGAAGCAAGCAUUUCUCUCGACUGGCAACUGCCAAUGCCGGAAGAAGCCCAAGGGAUGCUUUUUCGCAGAAUCAGGUUGGCCUUCGAGAAAAGCACUGCCAUAGUGCAGAAUGCAGUGGACAGAAAGAAGUACCGCAUGAGCGAGGAGGACUUGCUGGCGCUUCGCAAUGUGCUUUGCCUCUGGUGCCAGGUCAGGGAAUUUUGCAGCACCAGGCUUGACAAGUUUGUAGAGCUGGACCGGGCCAUCCAAUCAGGGCCGACUCGUGAUCAUGAAGUCCGGGCCAUCUUAGAUGCACGACCAAGCUCUUUUGCUGUCAGCAUGCUGCCAUCCCAGAAGGACGAAGCAUGUGAGAAAGCUCGGCUUCAAGAAGAAGGAGCUCUUAUGGAGGUGGAAGCGGAGAGAGUCAAAGUCCGCCAGCAUCGAUGGGCUUUCUUUCAACAAGCUCUUGAGAGAGACCAGGCCAAGCUUCGCCAAAUGGCUGAUGCCCCACAGAAGAUUGCUGCCAUGAAACACAGAAAACAAAUGGCUUGGCGCUUGAGUCAGGCCAAGCAGGGUGAGAAAGCUGUUCGGAGCUACAUGGACAAAUUUUUGCGGUGCCAGACGGUUGCCAAGGUUGAACACGCGCAGCAGAAGAUCAAUGAGUUUCGCAGCUUCGCUCAAUCCUAUGGGAUUCCAGAGGCAGAUGUUUGCAUGAUCUCGAUCGUGGACCUGAAUGUUCCCCAGGCAAAAGCGUCGGAGAAUUUGCAGCAGCUUUGCUCCGCAAUGCAGUUCUGCAAUGAUCUUUCGCCCAGCUGCCAUAUCGGAAUGGUUGAGCUGCCAGAGAUUCCAAAAAAAUCUUCAAGAAGAGGACUAUGUGACGAGGAACGUGAAUUGGAGGAGGCACUUUGGUCCUUGAGGCAGAGCUGCGACUCACGCUGGGUGAUUCCGUUUAACCUCCAUGCUGCCGCUGACGCCCAGUCGAAUCGAAGGCGGUUCAGCAGCGGACGUCUCGUGGCAAACUUUGAGGCAGAGGACAAUUUGUGGCUCACACGAAGUGAGCUAGCUUUGUGUGGACGUCCACUGUCUGAUCUCGAAGUCCAGCUGCCUUUGAGCAAGGAUCUUUUGCUUCCGGAAUCCCUCUCUCCGGAGGAUGACCUGAAGCAGGCAGAGCGCCAAAGACCUUCUGCAGAAGCUUGCUGUGCUCAGAAAGGACAACUUCGUUGGGUUGCCCUGAUCCAGAGCAUGCUGACUUUCAGCGAUGCCAGCCUGAGAGGAAAGCCUGUGAUCAUCCUGAACCUAACGGGGUACGUGGAGGACCUUGGAUGUGCAGUUUUUGACAUGCGGCUGAACAACAAAGAGCUCAAGGGUGGCUUUGAGACAAAGAACUUGCACUACCUCAGCGUUUGGUGGUUAAACAACCAGUCCUUUGGAGCAGCCAGAUUGAUGAGGGAGAUCACAGACGCAUGGAUUGCUCAAAAAUGGGAGAUCGGAGGCAUUCGCUUCUCCAAUGACCCGCCAGAGCUAAGCCAGAUCGAGCUGGAUGCAAUUCCGGGAGCAAAGGGAGCGCUUGGCAGCCUUGACGGAGUGGCAUGGGAAGUGCUCGAACGCAACGGCGACCAAAUGGUCAUUCGAAAGGAUGAGGAUCGCUACUGGUCCAUGCAGGAUGGUUCGAUUGGUGACACCUUUAAGGGACUCAAGGAGAAACACAACGAGCUCAUUGGCAGGACCAAUGUGACUGCAACAAGUUCAGCUGGAGCAGCGCCUGCGUCUGCAACAGCAUCGACUGAGGCUGAAGGCAGUGGCGAUGGAGGUCAACCAACGCCAGCUUCAGCCGUGAUGGUUGAGUCCAUUGCCAAGCUGGAGGAAAUGCAUGGCAUCGAAACCAGAUCUGCCAGCGAGGUUGCCAACACAGAGUUGCUGAUGUGCAAAGAUGGCAGCCUGUGGCUGGUUGCAACCCAGGGUGACAAACUUGUCGCCAAACAUACUGUGCUUGGAGGGUUCGGCACUGGCCAAUGGGUUCCAGAAGCAGAUGCUCCCGACACAUCAGUCAGCUUUGCUAUGCCGUUGGGAGACCAGUCAGUGGUCCAGCUCGACGAGGGAUCCUUUUCCGCACAAGGACAAGGAGUCUCGUCGCUUACCCUAUAUGCACUUCUGCUAAGAGCUGAAAAGGAGAAAGGAAUCAAUGAACACAAGUUGUCCUUCCUGACAGUGGAACGAAAGGGGGACCAGUCUGUGGAGGCAGGGAACGACGCCUUCGACGUGAAAGUGAAAACGGCAAUGUCCUUCAAAUUCGUGAAGGACCCACGUCCAGGCCAAGAAGAUAAAGUCAAUCAGAAGAACUUUUUCUCCAAGGCUGCGGGCUGCACUCGGAACUCUGACCUCAUCGCAGUGGUGAACCGCUUUCGAUUUGAGCGUGUGGGACAGUCUUUUAAGGUGCAGCGCCCAUACUGCCUAGUGCUGAAGGCAAUCCAAUUGAAGAAGGGGCAACCCUACAAACUUACCAAGUGA